AUGGAUGGCAGAGAGGGGCCUCAGCCUGAGCCUGAGCCUGAGCCUGAGCCUCAGCCUGAGCGUGAUGGCGAGUUGGAGAGGGACGAGAAAAAGAAGUUGGACCCCAAUGGACUUGGGUUUGAAGACAAUGGAGUCAUUCGCGAGAUGACUAAAUGCUUCAAGCAACAUUUCCAUCAUCCAUGGAGGAACUGGUCGCAGGUUGAUGACGACACAAAAAACCAAUGGUUCUAUCUUUUCAAGAGCAAAUAUAAAUGGAGGGAGGAGCUUCAAUCCCAAGUGAGGUCUACAUUCGACAGAAAAAUGGCCAAAAGAUUGAAAGAUAAUCACCACUCGAUAGUAAAGAAGAAGGGUGGUGUAUGUCCGACAUGGUUGUCUUUGAGCGUUCACGAGCAGAUGAUGAAGAAUGCUCAAGACAAGGAGUUCAAAGCACGAUCUCAGAAGGCUAGCAAGAACCGGCGAGGAGGUGACUUGACCGGCAGCGUACCUCCUUCUCAUUGUCUGGGCUCCAUUUCUUCAGCAGAGUGCGCCAAGAGAUCGGCCGCAAAACGUGGAGGGGUGCUGCCUUCCGCUGUGGACUUGUUCAUGGACACACACAUGAGAGAUGAGUCUGGAAAGAAGGUGCCGAUCAAUGACAAAGUCCAACAAAUCAAGUUGUCUGCGAGGUUCGAGGAAGAGAAAGCCGAGAUGCAAAGAGAACGUGAGCGGAUGCAGAAGGAGUUAGAAGAGGAACGCAUCGCCAGGCAAAAGGAGAGAGAGGAGGAUCGCAGGGUGCAGGAUGAGUACCUGGCGCAGAUGAGGGCGACUAUGGAGACUUACAGUCAGAUGAUGAGCCAGUGUGGUGGUUUCUUCCGUUUUACCGGGCCUCCAGACCCCCCCACAGGCGGUGGUGAUGCGUGUGCGACUUAG